AUGAGCCUGAAGAAGCAGACGGCCGGAAUCUGGCCCCUGGCGCUGUGGUCGUUGGCCGCCACCGCCAUGCUGCUCUUCGCCGUCUCCGGCAGCGGCGGCCUAGGGUCGGUGCAGCGCCGCAUGCUUCUGGCCCGCCCGCUGGCCACCGGCGACCUGACGGGCCUGGCGGUGCUGGACCACCUUGUGAGCGGCCGGGUGGGCGGCGCGUCGGCAAACCUGCUGGCGGCAAACACCACGGCUUACAAGCGCGCCAACGAGCGGUGCCGGGCGCCCACGCCCGAUUCGCCGCCGCUGCCCAAACUGAAGCGCGCGGGCGCCUGGGACGGCGGCAAGCCAGCUGUCUCCGGCAAUGCCACAGCCAUCGUCACGCUCCACAUUGACAGGCUGCCGCUGCUCCAGGCCCACUGCGCCGUGUGGCCCCACACCGUCAUGGCUGUCGUGUACGCCCCGAUCUCCUCCGCCCGCCGCUUCACCUGCGUGGACGAGGUGGCCACGCCCGACCAGCUGCGGCGAGGCAGCUCGUGGCUGGCAAUGCUGGGGCUGGGCGGCGGGCGCUGCCAGUACAGCGGCUGGUCGCUGGAGCGCCUGCGGGCGCGCGUGCGCGACAUGCAGAAGCGCGCAGAGGAGACAGGCGUGUGCAACCUCCAGGCCGAGCUGUGGACCGAGGAGAUGACAGAGCAGCUGGGCGCGGGCGCGGGCCUCAUCCCGCAGGCGGCCCUGCAGAACAAGGCGCUCCUGGCGCUGCAGCAGCAGGAGCAGGACCUGGACAAGCGGCACGCUGUGGUGCUGCUUGACUCUGACAUUGCGGCGGUGGACGUGUGGCAGCUGCUCAACUCGAGCUCGCGCUGGGAGCGCGCGGCGCGCGAGAUGGGCGGCGGCGGCGCCCUCGUGCUGCCCGCCUUCCAGCUGUCGCCGCCGCGCUACGUGCACGAGGGCGCGGGCGGCGGCGCCGCCACGCUGCGCGGCCGCUCCCUGGAAUCGGCGGUGAAGAAUGCGAUGACGAUAGUGACGGCAGACGCCGGCAAGUUCCCUCUGCGGAAAAAGUUUGUGGAUGGCAAGGUCCGGGUCUUUAGUGACCGUGGCUUCAGCAGCAGCCAGGAUGCGGCGCUGCCGUUGCUGUGGUUUGAGGCGGGUGACAUGCACGGCGAUGAUGACGAUGGCUACCCCAUCGUGCCGCAGCCCGGCUUUGCGCCCUUCACAAUGAUGCGGCGGCAGCAUGUGCCCUGGGGCGACGAGCGGCUCCGGGGCAGCUACUACCACCGCGCAUGGCAGGCAUUGGUGGCGCGCUACAUGGGCGUGCGGCACAUUGUGCAGCCCAACACGUUCACGCUGCAGCUGCCGCACACCCAGGCGUUCAGCAUGGGCGAGGCUUCGCUCACCAACUUCCUGGCGAUGGAGCCCGUGUUCCGUCAGCUAGUGGAGGAGAUGGGGAUGGGGGUGUAUGUGCCCAUCACCAGCUUUGGGGACGACUGCCAACUCAACCUGCCGUAUGCAGAGGUGUACUGA